UUUGUGAACGCAAAGGAACCAUCAUAAAGCCCCUCCAUGUUUGCUGCCAGCGAUGGAAGCGAUCAAGAUAUGUCCACAGAUUCCAACACAUCAAUACUUCCCCAGAUCCCGAUGGACUCGGUUCAAAGUUCACCUAUUCGAGGCGGGGUAUCACAACAGAAUCGGAGAUCCCCGACAUCCCCUUCUAGCUCAAGAAAUCAACAGACAUUGGAGGGUUUCUUCAUCGGGAGGCGACAGAGUGGAGGGGGUGAUAACAGACCCUCGGUUAAUCUUAGCUCAGCUCCUCCUUUACCUGUGUUCAGCAUACCUGAAGAAUCAGGUGUGCCAAGGGCAGUAGUAAGGCCAGUGGUUCCUGGAGAGGAAAAUGUGGACAAUACUGGGGACAGAUCACCUGAAGUUAUAUCUAGUGAAGAGGAAGAUUCAAGAUCGUCAUACCAAGAUGUGGAAAUUCUUUCUAACCCUGAGGAGGAAAAUUCCAAUUCAUCCCAAGAAAACCAUCCAUCAGUGGAAAAUCCAGAACAAGCAGGACCAUCUGGUGACCAGGACACUGUACAGCAAUCUGCCCAGGGCCAACAAACCACGGCACCUGUCCCAGCAGCUAAUGUACUAUCAAUACAGGCAACCACCAGCUCUCCAUCAGAUUUCAGAACUCCUAAACGAAGGAGGGUAAUGUCGACUCCAGAAAAACCAGGGGGAGCAACAGGUGGACCAGAGGAUGACACCGAAGAUGGAAAUUGUUGCCCUAUCUGCUUUGAAGAAUGGUCAACUUCAGGAUCUCACAGACUAGCAUCUCUGAAAUGUGGUCACUUGUUUGGACAAAGCUGUAUAGAGAAGUGGUUGAAAGGUCAAGGUGGAAAAUGUCCGCAGUGUAACUGUAAAGCCAAAAGACAAGACAUAAGAGUCCUGUAUGCCAAGUCACUAAAGGCUGUAGAUACAACCGAGCGUGACAGAGCUCUACAAGACCUAGAAAAAGAAAAGGAAGUUCGUCGGAAAGUUGAAAUGGAGGCUGCUCAAUGUCGCCUGCAGUACCAGAUGGCUAUAGAGGAAUGUAACAGACUAAAGGCCGAGAUAGAUAAACUCAAACGUCAGUUACAGAGUACAAGGUCAGAUUCUUCCUCAGGUGCUGCACAGUCUCAAUCUCAGUCAAGAGAAGUCAGUGGUCACUUUGUGCCGGACAAAACCAUCAAAAUCUGGGAGGCUGGUAACUGUCGUGUGAUGUCGUACACUCCCUCCCUGGCCACACUUGUUGUCUCCCAGCCGUCCUCCAGUCCCCUUUUUCCCGGAUUUGGCUUCAAAAAGAUUAGCACUAUGGAUUUUAAAACCUCACAGUACCUGACUAUUCACAGUAAGGCAAUCCGAGACUGUUGCUUUCAUCCAUUUGUGGAUGAUGGAAUCUUGCUGAGCUGUGGAUUGGAUAAGACGGCUAAAAUGACAAGUGUCAUCAGCAACACAGUCGUCCAGACGUAA